GACCACCGAAGCCAUUUUAUUAUUAUAACACUCAAGGUGCAGGUGCAUCAAUAUUUUUUUUCUUUGCUCACAGUUUUAAUUUUGAUGCUCAAGAUACAAUGGGACAGUGUGGGAUUACGUCGUCCAAAACCGUCUUGGUUUUUCUCAAUCUCAUAUUUUGGGCUGCAGCUGGGAUUUUAUGCUACAUCGGAGCCUAUGUGUUUAUCACAUAUGAUGACUACGACCACUUCUUUGAAGAUGUGUACACUUUGAUUCCCGCUGUCAUAAUAAUAGCUGUCGGGACUCUUCUCUUCAUCAUCGGCCUGAUUGGUUGCUGUGCAACAAUACGUGAAAGCUCCUGUGGUCUGGCGACUUUUGCUGCCAUUCUCCUGCUGGUAUUUGUAACAGAGUGUGUGGUGGUGGUGCUGGGCUACAUAUACAGGGCAAAGGUAGAAGAUGAGGUGAAUCACUCCAUCCAGAAAGUUUACAACGAGUACAACGGCACCAACACUGAUGCUCCCAGUCGCGCUAUUGACUAUGUGCAGAGGCAGCUUCACUGCUGUGGCAUUCACAACUACUCUGACUGGAGGAACACUCGCUGGUUUAAAGAAUCCAAGAACAACAGUGUGCCAGUCAGCUGCUGUCAGCCGAACAUCAGCAACUGCACUGGCACUCUCACUCGACCAGCAGAUCUCUACCAAGAGGGUUGUGAAGCUCUUGUUGUGAAGAAGUUAAAGGAGAUCAUGAUGUACGUCAUAUGGGCUGCAUUAACUUUUGCAUCUAUACAGAUGCUGGGAAUGCUCUGUGCCUGCGUGGUGCUGUGCAGGAGGAGUCAUGACCCAGCGUACGAGCUGCUGGUCACAACCAACAGCUAUGCAUGAAGGACGCAGCCAGUCAGCGAAGCACUCAGAAAAUCAAAAGGAGCGUCACCGGACAUGUCCACAGUAGAUUUCAGCUGUAGUUAUAUAAGCUCAAGCACACCUUGCACAAUUCAUGAUAAAGUAGCGAACACUGAUGACGUGGUGUGGGUGGGCGGGGGCUUCAAGGCGAAACCAGUUAUUUAUUGACAUGCAUUGUAAGUUACUGUUACUUUAUAUGUUUGUUUUUUUUCCCUUAUAAAUACUUAUAAAAGCCAAAGUUGUAUAUGGCUAAUUGACAUUCGUGAUAUUGAUGCUGAUUUCUUUUUUUCUUUUAAUUGUGGCUUCAUAUUUGGGCUCGUUCCCAGUGAGGAUGAUGAUGAGAAUUAACUUGGAGCUUCUGUGUGAGAUUGUGAUUGGGAAUGUGGCAUGGAAUGUAAUUCCUUGCAGGCUAGUUUGCACUAUGGCUGCAGCUCUGGAGAUAUUUCAUGGUUGUUAAAAUGCAAGGUCUAUGCUAAAAAGAACAUGUACACUAUUCGUAAUAUGUUGGCUUUGACCAGACUUUGUGAAAAUGGAAAAACUUUUUUACCAUAGAAAGAACAGAUUCAGUGUUUUUAACUUCAGAUUUAUGUUUGUGAAGCACCUCUGCGUUUCUUCUCUUAAACCAUGUUUGGUAGAAAGAGUUCUUCAUAUUCACAAAUAUCCAGAUUGUGAAUGAUGUACAUUCUGUUUUGGUGUGGAUGUUCUCUUAAUCUGGCUUCACUAGUGAGGCAUCGCCCAUAUAGAAAUUGUGAAUCAACCUUUUAGUCUCCAGUGCUAUUAGUUGGAGUAUUAUCAGUGUUACCUGAAGACUUGUGUUUGUGUAGAUUCAGUUUGAAUUCUUUCUGUUUAGUUUGCUAGUUAUAAACCUGCUAUAAAGAAGUAUGACCUGUUAUUUUAUACAUUUUUUUUGUGAAACUGGCCUCUGUUUAAAUAUUUUUGAGCUGUUAAGUUGACCCCUAGAUAUUAAGCUAGUGCUCAAAACACGACAAACAAAAUUGUGUAUAGAGUGGAGAACAGGCCGGGGACAAAUAAACUCAUACAUUUUAA